AUGAACAUGCGGUCGCUGUUCUCGGGCAAGAAGAGCGGCGAUAGGGACAAGAAGAAAGGCGGCACUGGCUCUACAUCGGGAACAUCGACUUCAUCUCAUUCCUCGGGAUCGAGCAAGGGGCGAGGAGGAAGUGGAGGAAAGGGCAACAAGAAGAACCAGCCCAAGUGGGAAGACGUGCUCAAGGAUGACAUCCAGCCCGUGAACGAGGAAACCACUGCUCACAAGAGCGGUGCUAUCAACAACGUGUACAUACGCGAGGACAAGGAACUUGGCCAGGGUGCAUUCAGCAAAGUGUUCGAGGCAACGCACCGACUCACGAAGAAAAAGUAUGCCAUCAAGUGUGUAUCCAAGCAGGCAGCACAAGAGCAAGAUGUGGAGGCCGUGCGCAAAGAGAUAGAUUUCCUCACGCACAUCAAGCACCCAAACAUCAUUCGCCUGUACGAAGUGUACGAGAACACAUCCGAGAUCUUCCUCGUGCUUGAACUCAUGGAGGGAGGAGAGCUCUUUGAUCGCAUUGUUGCCAAGCGAUGCUUCUCCGAAGAGGAGGCCCGACGGGCGCUCUGCAUGAUCGCGUCUGCUGUCCAGCAUCUUCACUCUCACUCCAUUGUGCAUCGCGAUUUGAAGCCGGAGAACAUUCUCUACAAGUCGCCCAACGAUGAUCACCUUGUACUCAGCGACUUUGGCCUCUCGGUCGACGUCCCUGACGGCCGGUCGCUGACGCAGCCAUGCGGCACACUUCAGUAUGCAGCUCCCGAAGUGUUGACGGCGAGGACCUACCAGAAGGCCGUUGACAUGUGGGGCAUCGGCGUCAUCGCUUACGCUCUGCUUUGCGGGUUCCCGCCAUUCUACACAAACACUGGCGAUGAGCAAGAGCUUGCCAACAAGAUUGCCGACGCCGCGUUCGAGUUCCCCUCGCCUUGGUGGGAUCGAGUAUCGAAUUCUGCCAAGGACAUGAUCUCGGGGCUGCUUGAAAAGGACCCUACAAAGCGACUGACUGCCGAACAGAUGCUGGAGCACGAGUGGAUGGUGAACCCAGCGACGGAGGUGGCCUACCACGACACCGAGCACGUGGGCUUCCCCUUCCACCAGAACCGCAACUCAGAGAUUUUCAUUCAGAUCAUCAACAAGACCAUCGAGUACCGUCGUCAGUUGGAAGCGGAAGAGCUGGAGGAGCUCAAGCAAAAGGCCUGGUACACUGUAUAG